CCGCUCCUCCUGAUCCCUUGCCCCGGGCUGGACGGGGGGCUGUGGAGCUCCCUGCCUGCUUUGCCCCGGAGGAUGCAUUCGGACUCGAGCUCGGUCUCCAGCAGCAGAGCCUCCUCGCCGGACAUGGAGGAGCUCUACCUGAGGGACCACCACCACCAUCACCACCAUCAUCCACACCACCACCGCCACCACUCCUCGGUCUCCUCCACUCAGGGCGAGGGAGGGCAGAAGGGAGCCUCCGCCGCCGCCGCUGCCGCCUCCUCUUCCUCGGAGGCCCGCCACCCGUCCAAGGGCUCCUCCUCUUCUUCCUCCUCUUCUUCCUCUUCCUCGGCCGAAGGGGCCAAGUACAAGCUGAAGAAGCAGCUGUCGGAGCAGGACCUGCAGCAGCUGCGGCUGAAGAUCAACGGCCGGGAGCGGAAGCGGAUGCACGACCUGAACCUGGCCAUGGACGGCCUGCGGGAGGUGAUGCCCUACGCCCACGGGCCCUCCGUCCGCAAGCUCUCCAAGAUCGCCACCCUCCUCCUGGCCCGCAACUACAUCCUCAUGCUGACCAGCUCCCUCGAGGAGAUGAAGCGCCUGGUCGGGGAGGUCUACGGCGCCGGACACCACCACUCCGCCUUCCACUGCGGCGGCGGCGGAGGAGGAGGCGCCCAGGGCCCCCACCCGGCGGCUGCCCUCCACCCGCUCCACCCGGCCCUGGCCAGCCCCGCCACUGCCGCCGCCGCCCCCUUCGCCCUCCGCGCCCCGCCGCACGCCCUCCUCAAGAGCCCCGCCGCCCCCGCCGCCCCCGCCCCCUCGGCCCUCCCGGGGGGCUCCGGCGGGGCUCCCUUCCCGCACUGGGCCGGCCUGCCCUGCCCCUGCAGCCUCUGCCAGCUGCCCCCGCCGCCCCACCUGGCCGCCCUCUCCUCCAACACCGCCGCCAGCCUCGCCCGCCUCGCUGCCUCGGAAGCCAAGGACUUGCUCAAGUGA